GCUGUUUUGCUCAAAGUGCAGUAUAUGGUUUGCGAUUUUCUCCUGGAUGGUAACGUUGUUUACGUCUCGAUUGGUAGUGGAGCAUGGCAAGAGCGCGACGAAUAUGAAAAUUGUCGCAACAAACCGUUUGCCUUUACCGUGCUGGAAUACUGGCUUCACAGGGUUCUCAUUUUUAAAGAGUAUUUGCCGUUUUACUUCAUUCCGGUCAGCAACAUGAAUAUAAAAAGGGAAAGAACGAAGACCGUAGAUCUAGGAGCGGAACGUACCAGGACACUGAUACAGUUCAUACAGGCGAUACCUUACCUGUGGAAUAGCAACGACCCGCUGUAUAAAAAUAAAAAAUCUCAAGCCGAAGCAUGGGAGUCCAUUUCCGAGGAGAUGGGUGUACCAGUGCCGGAACUGAGACAUAAAUGGGCUUCCCUGCAAUCCUCGUUCCGUCACUUCCUCGUCCUGUAUCAAAAGGGUCGAGCAUCACAAAAUUGCGAGGGCGGUCAGUUGCCGCGUAGAAGAUGGAACCUUUACGAUGAUAUGUUGUUCCUAUUGGCUAGCGGCAAGGAAAGAACUCCGGAGAGAACGGUAAUCAAACAGAACAACGAUUCCACCGAGGACAUGGAUCAAUCGAUGGACGCAGUUUCCCAUCUCGCUGAUACUAAAACGGCAACAGGCAACUCGCUCGAAAUGUCAGGGCAAAAUCCUAUCGAGCGGACCGUGCCCCCGCCUUGGGCAGCAGUUUCGCGUACACCGAUCCGGAAACAGAUUAAUUCACGGCACGUAAGCUCGGUAGUCGUUCGGCAGGACCUGUACGCGAAAAGGAAGGUGAUGUACCAGACUAACCCUACCUAUCAGCGGCGUAAAUCGAAUGAGCCUGAUGAUGCUUCCCCCGGCACCACCACACAGAAGGAUGACCGAGUGACCAAUAGCUACUGCGAUGCGCUCCGUUACGGGCAGAAUGUUGGCAGAGUGUUGGCACAGUUGUCACCGCAACGAAGGCAUGCGGUUAUGAUCAAAAUAGACGAAAUUCUGCUCGAUACGGCGAAGGAGAGAUAUCAACAACAGUAUGGAGCUGAUCCUUAGUUACUACUAAGCCAGUAAAAAGGCAAGGCUCUUAAUUAAGCAUUUUAUUGUGUAGAGGCGGGAGGCCAGCGGAUGCGAUUUAAUAUUGUAAUUAAGUACGAAUAAUCUAAGGACAUGAAUCUGUUCACGUUCAACUCAAAUUAUAAAUCAUUCAUUGCAUUCUCGAAAGCUGAAAGACAAGAUCGUUUGAGUUGAACUUACAUA